AAGGAGUAAUAAAUACCCUGUGCUGUAAGUCGUCACAAAGCCCUUUUCUGUUGGGUGGGAAUUCCUCUUGAAAACCACGUUUCAUCAACAGCGACUGUAAAGACUACAUGAAUCAUUCGGCACCAUUGUAGAUCAACAAAAGAAGAGCUAGAAAGAGAGAGGAUCAUUCAGCCCCCAUUCCUCUUUCUUCUUCUCAAAAACCCACCAAAACUUCCAAACUCUUCACACCCAAAUUCUCCAAUUCUACCAGAUCAGAGCUGUAGAUUGAUCUCCCCACAAUAAUAUGCUAUCGAACCAUCUUCAGAACGGUGUGGAGACCGCCAAGCUAAUUUGGUCUCGGUUGCCCAACGCGGAAGAUGUUAGUGACGCCGAGCCUGAUGAAGAUGGGGUUUUGAGAAACGAUGGAUUUGGUGGUGUUGAAAGUCUUGAUUAUGAAGUCAUUGAGAACUACGCCUAUCGGCAAGAACAGGCGCGAAGAGGAAAGCUUUAUGUUUGGUACUACGUGGGAGUUAAAUGGUUCUUUGCUCUGCUGAUUGGCAUAGGCACUGGCUUAGCUGCUGUUCUCAUCAAUAUCUCUGUUGAGAAUUUUGCUGGAUGGAAGUACUCGUUGACUUUUAGGAUAAUACAGAGUUCAUAUGUGGCUGGAUUUAUUGUAUAUACCGUGAUCAACUUGGCUUUAGUCUUUUCAUCCGUUUUUAUCAUUACACAAUUUGCCCCAGCAGCAGCAGGAUCUGGUAUACCUGAAAUCAAGGGUUAUUUGAAUGGGAUUGAUACUCGUGGUAUCCUUCUCUUUAGAACGUUGAUAGGAAAGAUAUCUGGAAGCAUCGGAUCUGUGGGUGGUGGACUGGCACUUGGUAAAGAAGGGCCUCUAGUUCAUACUGGUGCUUGUAUUGCUUCCUUACUUGGACAGGGUGGAUCAACAAAAUAUCAUCUGAGUACUAGGUGGCUACAGGUCUUUAAGAGCGAUCGUGAUCGGCGUGAUCUUGUAACAUGUGGAUGUGCAGCUGGUGUGGCUGCUGCUUUCAGAGCUCCAGUUGGCGGUGUAUUAUUUGCUCUAGAGGAAGUUACAUCUUGGUGGAGGAGUCAGCUUAUGUGGCGUGUUUUCUUCACUUCUGCAGUUGUGGCUGUUGUAGUGCGUACUGCGAUGGGCUGGUGUAAGAGUGGGAAGUGUGGGCAUUUCGGUUCUGGAGGUUUCAUAAUAUGGGAUGUCUCAGAUGGUCAAGAGGAUUACUCAUUUGAGGAGUUAUUGCCGAUGGCUAUUAUUGGUGUUAUAGGUGGCCUUCUUGGAGCGUUAUUUAACCAGCUGACACUUUAUAUAACAUAUUGGCGUCGAAAUUAUCUACACAAGAAAGGAAACCGAGUCAAAAUAAUUGAAGCAUGUCUUAUCUCCGUGAUAACCUCAGUAAUCUCAUUUGGAUUGCCUCUUUUUAGAAAAUGUAGUGCAUGCCCCGACUCGGAUGUUACUAGUGAAUGUCCUCGUCCACCAGGAAUGUACGGGAAUUACGUAAAUUUUUAUUGUACCAAGGACAAUGAAUACAACGACCUUGCAACCAUCUUCUUUAAUACUCAGGAUGACGCCAUAAGAAAUCUGUUCAGUGCGAAGACCAUUCAUGAGUACAGCGCCCAGAGCCUGCUGACUUUUUUGGCUAUGUUCUAUAGCUUAGCCGUGGUGACAUUUGGUACUGCUGUUCCAGCUGGACAAUUUGUUCCUGGCAUAAUGAUUGGAUCGACGUAUGGGCGCCUUGUUGGCAUGUUUGUUGUUAGGCUAUACAAAAAGCUGAACAUUGAAGAAGGAACGUAUGCUUUACUUGGAGCUGCUUCCUUCCUAGGAGGUUCAAUGCGAAUGACAGUCUCACUCUGUGUUAUUAUGGUAGAAAUUACAAAUAACUUAAAGCUCUUACCUCUUAUCAUGCUUGUUCUCCUCAUUUCAAAGGCUGUCGGUGAUGCUUUCAACGAAGGUUUAUAUGAAGAACAGGCUAGAUUAAGGGGUAUUCCUUUACUUGAAUCCAGACCUAAAAACCUGAUGAGAAAAAUGACAGCAAAAGAAGCCUGUGGGAAUCAAAAGGUUUCUUACUUCACUCGUGUGGUGAAAGUUGCUGAUGUAGCCAAUAUCCUAAGGACAAACAGUCACAACGGCUUCCCUGUUGUGGAUCACACACGAACUGGAGAAACAAUGGUCAUUGGUCUUAUUUUGCGCAGUCACCUAUUGGUACUUCUACAAUCCAAGGCAGAUUUUCAGCAUAGCCCUCUUGCAGUUGAUAUGAGAAGCCAAUCUAUACCAAUCAGGCACAGUCUUAGUGACUUUGUGAAGCCUGUUUCUAGUAAAGGAUUAUCAAUAAAUGAUAUCCAUCUAAGUCCUGAUGAUCUGGAAAUGUACAUUGAUCUAGCCCCGUUUGUGAAUCCAUCACCGUAUGUUGUCCCUGAAGAUAUGUCUUUAACGAAGGUUUAUAAUCUGUUUCGUCAAUUAGGAUUGAGGCAUAUAUUUGUAGUUCCUCGUGCUUCUCGUGUGAUUGGCAUGAUCACCAGAAAGGACUUGUUAUUUGAGGACAAUGAGGAUUCAGGUCCUGUAGAGCUCCAGUCAACUAGUGUAAGGGGUCGGCAACAAGGAGGUAGUACAAGGAAUCCAGAGGUUGAGCAUCCGCUACUUAAUGGUCUUCUGGAGUAACGCUUAUGAUUUUGCAUCUAACCACCCCCGCGAUUCUUUUUGGUAAAUGGUAAUCAUAUUUUGUAGGAAUUGUGUAUAUAGUUGUAUGAACCAAAUAUACAACCAUUGGUGUAUCACUUGUGACCAUAUAAAGAUUAGUUAGGAAGGCAGGAGACAUUUCCACUCUUGGCAUUAGUUUGUGGCUGCAUUUACAAUAUUAAAAAAACACUAUAUGGUAUGUUUUUGAUACAUGAGGAAUGAAGACAUCGGUUCUGUUACCU